CGAGGGAUAGUGACAGUUUCUGGAAGUUUCUUCCGAGCUCGAUAUAUAAACUACACCAGCCCGCAUAGUAAUGCUGGUGUGUUGGAGAAGCAACAGUGAGUUGAGCUGAUGGUAGUCGAUCCUGGUUACUGCACAGGGACAGUAAACAAACAUGUCUGUGGUCGGGUUUGAUAUUGGAAUGCAAAAUUGUUAUAUCGCCAUCGCCAGAGCCGGGGGCAUCGAGACCGUUGCCAAUGAGUACAGCGACAGAUGUACCCCCUCAGUUGUAUCCUUUGGCUACAAGAACAGGGCGGUUGGAAUUGCAGCUAAAAGUCAGCUAAUCACAAAUGCCAAGAACACUAUAAUAAACUUCAAAAGAUUCCAUGGUCGAGCUUUUAAUGAUCCUUUUAUUCAAAAUCAGAAAGAUAAGCUAGCUUUUGAUCUUGUUCCGAUGGAAACCGGUGUGGGAAUUAAGGUUAUGUACAUGAAUAAAGAACAGCAUUUCACCACAGAACAGAUUACAGCAAUGUUACUAAGCAAACUGAAGGCGACUGCUGAAAGUAAUCUGAAAAAGCCUAUAUCUGAUUGUGUAAUUUCUGUACCUUCUUUUUUCACCAAUACUGAACGGAGUUCAAUACUAAAAGCUGCUGGAAUCGCUGGCUUGAACUGCUUAAAGUUAAUGAAUGAUCCUACUGCAGCCUGUCUGGCGUAUGGAAUCUACAACCCAGAUCUUCCAUCCCCUGAGGAAAAAUCAAAGGUUGUUGUAUUUGCAGAUAUGGGUCAUUCUGCAUUUCAGAUUUCUGCCUGUGCUUUACAUAAGGGAAGCAUGAAGGUUCUUGCUACAGCCUUCGACCCAUAUUUGGGAGGCCAAGACUUUGAUGAAGUAUUGGUGAAGUAUUUUUGUGCAGAGUUUAAAACCAAGUACAAAUUGAAUGUAAAGUCUAAUAUCCGGGCUUUGUUGAGACUCUAUCAAGAAUGUGAAAAACUAAAGAAACUCAUGAGUGCUAAUUCCAUGGAUACUCCUUUAAAUAUUGAAUGCUUCAUGAAUGAUAUAGAUGUAGCUGGAAAGAUGAAUCGAGCUCACUUUGAGGAAUUAUGUGCAAGCCUACUACAAAGAGUAGAGACAACUCUUGAAUCACUUAUGGAUCAAACACAGCUGAAACCUGCAGAUGUCAGUACAGUUGAAAUAAUUGGUGGUUCCACACGUAUACCAGCAGUUAAAGAAAGGAUAGCAAAAUUCUUUGGGAAGGUUACCAGUACCAGACUCAACGCAGAUGAGGCAGUUGCCAGAGGUUGUGCCUUACAGUGUGCAAUACUUUCUCCUGCUUUCAAAGUGCGUGAAUUCUCCAUUACUGAUGUAAUGCCAUUCCCAAUUUCUCUGAGCUGGAAUACAGAAACUGAUGGAGUAGGAGGGAUUUGUGAAGUUUAUCCCAAAAACCAUGCUGUCCCCUUUUCAAAGCUACUCACCUUUCACAGAAAACAUCCAUUUGAAUUAGAAGCAUUUUACAGCAAUCCAAACUCACUUCCUUACACAGAGCCAAGAAUAGGACAGUAUAUUAUCCAUGAUGUAGUACCUCAAGCAAAUGGUGAAAAGUCCAAAGUGAAGGUGGAAGUAUGUGUCAAUGACCAUGGAAUCUUUAGUGUUUCAACGGCAUCUAUGAUUGAGAAGGUGGAAAUUUCAGAGAAUAAAGCUACUAUGGAAACAGAUCUGUGUCCCAUCACACCUAAUCAUGAGGUAGAGGAUAUUGAUGAGAACAAGAAUCAAUUAGACAGUUAUGAGAUUGAUGUUCAGCCCCAAGUACAAUCAGAUGAUCAAGGGUCUCCACAGUCUCUCUCUUCUACUGAAAUGGACCAAGAAGAAAAUAAAGCUGGAAAUGCUGAAACUAACUGCAAGACUAAUACGGACAAGAAAUCAAAUCAACCUCCAGAUCCAAAAAAGCCAAAAAUUAAGUUCAAGACUGUUAAUCUUCCCAUUGAAGCUAAACUAGUGUGGCAGUUUGGGAAGGAUCUACUUAGCGUGUAUUUUGAAAAGGAGGGGGAUAUGAUCAUGCAGGAUAAGUUAGAAAAAGAGAGAAGUUACGCCAAAAAUGCUGUGGAAGAAUACAUAUAUGACUUGAGAGAGAAACUUAAUGGACAAUUUGAAAAAUUUGUCAGUUCCAAGGAUCUGGAAGACAUUUCAUUGCUGUUGUCUGAAACGGAAAAUUGGUUAUACGAAGAUGGUGAAGAUCAAGUUAAACAAGUAUAUGUUGAUAAGUUGUUGGAGCUAAAGAAAUUAGGUACACCAAUUCAGGAAAGAUAUCUGGAAGCUGAAGCACGACCAAAAGCUUUUGAUGAGCUUAGUCAAAGACUACAAUAUUAUGCAAAGCUAGCAGUGGAAGCCAGGAGCAAAGUAAGCAAACAAAACAAAAAUUCACAAUUGAAAUUUACUCUACUUCAUGAUUCAGGCAGAGGAAUUAAGGUUUCUGUUUUACAGGCUGAAAACUAUAAACCCAUAGAGGCUGCUGAAAUACAUAAAUUGGAAAAGUCAGUGAAUGAAACAAUGGAAUGGAUGAAUAUUGCAAUGGACUCACAAGCCAAACUAAGUUUUGACCAGGAUCCUGUUGUACAUGUGGCUGAAAUUAAAGAUAAACAUAAGGAGCUGGACAAUAUCUGCAAUCCAAUAGUCACUAAACAUAAGCCAAAGGUGGAGAAUCCUAAAGAAGUAAAUCAAUCGAAUAUGAAAGUCAAUUCUCAAAAUGGAGGAGAGCCAAUGGAGAAUGAAAAUGUUAUCAAGGAUACUGAAGUCUCACUCAAAAAUGGUGAAUGCACAACAAACAUGGAGCUGGAUUAAACUAUGAAGAUUUAAAGGACACUGUUUUGCCUCUAUUGCUUUUGAAGUCUCUAAAUGUCCAGACACAUUCAUUUAUUCAAAAGAAAAACAACUUUUCUAUUUUUCAUUUAGGAACUGAGGAUGUAGAGUUCAGUAUUAUGUAUUGGUAAAGUGUUAUAUGUAAGAUUCCUGUGGAAUUGUAAAUUUCUGUUAAGUCACCAUGAUGCAAUUCUUUCUUAUUUUGAUGGAGCUUACUUCUGCAUGAAGCAUCUAAUAUUUCUCCAGCAACUAUGGUAUACUAAAUGUUUAUUUUUAAUGUUUUUGUGCAGUAGUAAGGCCUCACAGGACAUAUUCUAAGAAUAUAUUAAACUGGAUACGCUCUUUCUACCAAUAAACAUUCAACCUGAAGAACUAGUCCUUUUCUGCAACAUUGUCUCUCCAAAAUAGAAUGCUAUGUUUCUGGUCUCCCAGCCACAACAACAAUUGAAAGUCAGGUUUAUUUAUCAUUGGGGCUUGUAUCAAACAGUGUGUGGUAUAUUGCAGGAUCUCCUAUGGAAUUCCUGGUAUUUCUGUUUACAAGAUAUUUUCUUUAGCUGUUUUAACACUGCACACCAGGGAGAGGGCAAAGUGGAAAGUCUAAGUCCGAAAUACAACAGUUGAAUUAGAAGCUGGAAUGCACAAGCCUGGAGGAAUUACGAGGGUCCACAUCACCAGUGUCAGAAGUCUGAAGGUCAAACCCAUGAUUAGUAAAUCCAGUGGUUUAGGCCCAAAGGGGGUGAAGUCCAAUGUGCGAUGUCGAUUCGUAUGAAAAUCCAGUGACAGGGAUUGGAGGCCAGGAGAUGGCCCAUCCUGGGGUUGGAGAUGGUCUGUAUGUCUGGGUUGGUGGGAAGGAUGAGAAAGUGUCUUGUUUUGCUCUUCUUCAUGUUUUUUGUUUGUGAGUUAUUGCUACUGUGUUCUUGAAACAGUAUGGAGAUGCAAUGAUGGCUCUGGAAUAUGUGGAACACCUGUGAGCUGCCCCCAGCACCUCCUUCGGUGUGCUGAUUUUUAAUGCAGAGAUCACUUCACUAUAUUUUAAUGUACUUAUGAUAAAUAAAUCUGAAUUGUCACCUAAUACAGAAUAUGCAUAGGCUUUGGUGAAUUAUGCAUCAAACUGAUGGAA